GGAAACGUAAAAAACAUUAUAUAACUGUAUAAGUUAUAACUCAUCACAAUGGUUGAAGGGCCUGGUUGUAAAAUAAAAGGAGAGAAAAUAAAAGGAAAACUAAAUGGAAAGAUUGUAAAAUCAGUUAACGGAAAUGCAGUAGAUAAGGAGAUUAAGCCAACUAAAGGUAUAACAACAUCACAGUUCCAUCAGCUGAUCGGUCGGAGGUUAGAUGAAGUACAGACAGUAGGAAAAGAGCUCUUCAUGUACUUUGGAGACAUAUGUCUAAGAGUGCACUUCCUAAUGGCAGGGUCAUUUCUUGUGAACAACAAAAAGUUGGAUCAUGAUCAUGGAGGAACUGCAGAAACGGCUUCUCUUGAAAUACAACUCUCUGAAGACAAAUUAAGUUUCUAUAAAUCUGGUGUUAACAUCAGAUCUUCCCAGGUGUGUCAAGAAAGAUAUGAAAAAUUUCAUGACCUUGACAUUUGUUCCCCAGUGUUCAACCAGAAAAGAGCUGUUGCUAUGGUGAUGGAACAAACAGACAGAAUGGUCUGUGAUGUUUUACUUGAUCAAGAUAUUUUACCUGGAGUUGGAAACAUUAUUAAAAAUGAGGCAUUGUUUGACAGUGGAAUAAAACCAGACUCUAAGGUAAAUGAGUUGAAAGAAGAGCAUGUACUACAUUUAGUGAAGAUGACCAGAGAUUUCUCUAUGAUAUUCUAUAAGUGUAGGAGUACUGGUACGAAUUUAAGGAAGUUUAUGAAGAUCUACAAUAAAGGAAAAUGUACACAGUGUGAUGGUAAAGUGGUGAUAUGUAGACUUGGUGAAGAUAAUGACAGGGUGACAUACUUCUGUGGACAAUGUCAGGAUAACAAUCUCAAACAAAAACAAACAAGAACAUUACCUACAAAGAAUAGCUUACUUGGAUGGGUACAGACAGGCAAGCUGCAGCAGACGACACAAGCAGAGGAAGCAGUUGAUUGGGCAUGCUCAGUUUGUACCCUUGUAAAUAGAGCAACAACAGUCACAUGUGAUGCAUGUUUGACAAAAAGGGAGAGUAAUCAAACCCCAGGUGUGAUGAAACAAAACAGUAAAGCUGCUUCUACUUUGUCAAAUGGAACAAAAGAUAAUCCUAUAAACUUAACUGCUAAUUCUCAAAAGAGAAAAUCAUCAGAUCCUGUUACUUCAAGUAACUUAAAGAGACAAAAAAUAGACAAAGUUGUCAAAAAUGAUGAAAAACAAGAUAUUGUUGUCAAUAAAAUUCCCCUUUGUCCUGGACAUAAACAAAAGUGCAAUUUGACAGAAGUCAGGAAAAAGGGAGAUAACUAUCUCAGAUGGUUUUUCAGUUGCAGUCUUCAAAGAUCAAAACAAUGUAAAUUUUUCAAGUGGGCAGAUGAGAGUUUUCCAUUGUGUGAAGGACAUGUGAAACCCUGUACAAUAAGGACUGUGAUGAAGCAAGGACAAAAUAAUGGAAGGAAAUUUUUCACAUGUAGUUUUCCUAAAAAUAAACAAUGUGGAUAUUUUGAAUGGGCUAUUGGAUAUGAUUGAUAUCCUCUUUUCAGCAUUUUAGUACUUGUAAUUUUAUCAUAUCAAUGUAUCGAGUAAAAUCAUUUUUAAUGAAAUCUAAUCUGUCUGUAGAUAAGAUGUUAUAUGUCAACAGAAAAUGACAUUAGAAUGUCUUUCAGUAUUUUAAAAUACAUUAAAUUUGCUGCACAGUUCAGUUAAAAUUGUGAAGCUGGUUGUUCUUCUGUGCAAGCUGUUCAAAAAUAAAAUAAAAUAUUGGAGUUAAAAUAUCAAUUUAUGUCUUCCUGUAGUAUUACUUU